UUUAUCAAAAAAUUCCCUGUCAACAAGCAUUUUGUAUAUUUUCCACUUUGAGGACUUGUCAAAAUUAAGUAGAUUCAGUGAAAUAGAGUAUCUGUAAAUUAUAGUUUGUGAAAUCAGCAAAAGUAAAAGUCGGACACACUACACGCACGCACGCACAUAAACUCUGCACAUCAUGUCCAAAUUAAGCUCCGGAAAUCGCCAGCUAAUCACGCGCAGCUCCGAUGUGGAUGCAUUGGCCCAGCGGGGCUAUAAUGUCGGUCACAAGAUCGGUGAAGGAUCGUACGCCACGGUUAUCACAGCCGGAUAUGCCGAUGAUGCCGGACACGGUGUACACUUGGCCUGCAAGAUCAUCGACAAGGCCAAGGCGCCCGCGGACUUUGUGAACAAGUUCUUUCCGCGCGAACUGGAUAUCCUCACCAAGAUCGACCAUGAGAAUAUCAUACAAAUCCACAGUAUCCUGCAGCGCGGGCCCAAGAUCUUCAUCUUUAUGCGAUAUGCCGAGCAUGGGGAUCUGCUGUCGCACAUCAAGAAGAACGGUCCCAUUGAGGAGAAGCAGUGCAAGAUAUGGUUCCUCAGAUGCCAAGGCUUGAAGUAUCUGCAUAACAUUGACAUUGCCCAUCGGGAUCUCAAGUGCGAGAACAUAUUGCUCUCCAAGCGUCUGAACAUCAAGCUGGCCGACUUUGGGUUCGCUCGCUUCUGUCGCGACGAUGGCGGUCGGGAGGUGAGGUCGGAGACGUACUGCGGAUCGGCGGCCUAUGCCGCACCGGAGGUGGUUUGCGGACGACCCUAUGACCCCAAGUCGGCCGAUGCUUGGUCCCUGGGCGUCAUACUGUUCAUCAUGAUCAAUGCCAAGAUGCCGUUCGAUGACAGCAAUCUGAACAAGUUGCUGGAGGCCCAGAAAAAUCGCAAAUACGCCUUCCGCCGUAAGCUGCAGGAGGUGAUUUCGAUGCAGGCAAAGGCUACGGUCUCCGUGCUACUGGAGCCCGAGUCGCAUGCCCGCUGGAAUUUGCGAGAGAUCUGCAACUGUGCCUGGCUGCGAUUCACCGAGCAGUCCCAGCCAGCAACGCCCUAGGGUUUCUGGGUCAUAUCAGGAGGAGGAGGAACCACACUGCCAGAGAGAAAAAGGAGUCGUAGCGUGCGAUGGUUUCACUGAUAGAUGUAAAUUGAAGUUAUCACAGAAAUUCACUAGUACCAUUCAGAUUAUAUCUGAAACUUCCCCCAUAUUUAUAUAGCAAUUUUGUAUUAACAAGUCCGAA